GUGAACCGGAGGAGGAAUUAUCCCGGAGAUUUGAGAAUUCGCGACGAGCAUCAAAGGCUUGAUUUCUUUUGUGGAAAUGAUCGAAUAUUCAGCAGGAAAGGAAUCACCUACUUGUGGCACUAUACUUCGCCGGAUCUUGCUACAGCGAAUUUUCGGCCAAAGGAUUUCCUCUAAUCUUCAAAAUACCCAACCCGGUGCUGCCAUCAUGAAGGAUGAUGGUCGUCAAGGAUUACCAUUUCAGAGCGUGAUUUUCAAACCACCAGGGAACGGUGAAUGGCAAAUCGAAAUCAGCCGUGAUUCUCUGAUCAAAGGGUCAGGCUAUUUCGAAAGUAUGUUCUCUGAAAACUGGAAACAGGCUGUCAAUAAUUUCCCACGUGAUGCCGACACAAAUUCCCUUGUUAUCAGUGUCGAAGAUGUUGAUCGCCGUUGCGUAGAAGCUGCCAAAAGGUUCCUAGAAACCGAAGAUGCCCAGAUUUCAUCAGUAUCAGUCGGCUUGGGCACUCUAUACUUCGCUCUAAGAUACUCGAUGACUUCCCUGUGCCAACACUGCGUGCAGUACCUCUCCAAAAGCGAGCUGCUGGAUAAUUCGACAGUGAUUCACAUCCUCGACGUCGUUUUGCGCUGUUGCCCGCACAGCAAAUUCUUGGCGACGCUUCCGCUGGACCUCCAACCCUCCGCUCCUCCAGCUGACGACCAGAACGAGAAUUGCCCGCUGAUCGGCGCGCACAAUUUUGCACGUGCAGAAGGGCUUCAGCUGAAAGAGCUGAAGAGAAUGUGCGACGGGCUCGUGGAGAAAUGCGUCAAGUUCGUGGAGGGUAACACUGUGAACGUGAUGCGUGGCGACAUCUGGGAGGAGGCGAGUGUGGAAACGGUGGAACUGCUUCUGGGCAUUGAUCGGACAACUGCUCCUAACGAGUUGUUCUUUUUCGAAGCCGCUGUUUCCUGGGCAACUUAUUGGUGCAAGGAAAAGAACGUCGAGAUCACGCCGCACAAUUUGCGAGAUCUCCUUCCAAAUGAGGUUUUGUUUUCCGUCCGGUUUCUGACGAUGAAUCGUGACGAUUUCAUAAAAGCCGCGCAGCAGGUUGAAUUCUCCGUUGCGGAAUCUUCGUUCAUCGUCGACACGAUUUUGCGAAAACAACAAAAUGUGGAAAUGCCUUCCCAGUUGGUGCCCAGAUUGUCGAGAAUGAUCAGUCCUCGAAUUUUUGUGAGCACUAAUCCAUGUGAAUUCGUUCAAAUCAUGGAACCUAAGGGACGCGACGAAAUCAGCGAUGAAACCAAGAGGAUGUUGAAGAAGAACAAGAACAAGAAACCAGGAAAGUGCCUCACGUGUGUGGUUGAAUGCUUGGCGUUCUUUUUUGAAUGAGUGAGAAGUUUUAUCCACUGGAUAAUUAUAAAAAAAAAACGCAACCAAUUGUCCUUAAUUGAAAAUAUCGCAUAGUUCAUGUACGGUAUUCAGCAACGAUUUUUGGUGCAUCAUUAGAUUUUUGUUUUGUUUUUAAAUGCAGUAAAGCUUUUGAAUUCGUUGAAAUGGUUUAAUUUCUGCGAGAUUUUUUGUUCUGAGAUCUUUUUUGUUGUUGUUUUGUUUCACUCAGGGGGGAAAGUGAUCCGAAUGUUCGUUGCUGAAGAAUUUUUUAAAGUUUUUGCAAGUUGAUUUGGAACGAGAUCGGUUCACCAAUCACAUUUGGAAAAGAAAAUAAUGUAAAGCUGUAUAUUUCUGACUUCCUGAGUCUUCGACGGAAAGUCAUGUGAGGUUGGUUCCAAAUCAGUCAGAGACGGCAUUUUUUUUUCUGUGAAAAUGCUGAUUGCUUCCGAAUUUUUGGUUAAAUUUGCUUUGAAGUAUAUCUCGCUGCUGUGGAAGACGUGUCAUGUGAAAGACAUAUUUUUGUUGGGGUUCGGAUUAAAGAGCGCGUAUAUGCACGAUGAAGGGUUUGCAGAUUAAUUGUGGUGAUGGUUCAAUAUCCGGUUAAGUGGUGGUGGCUUUUAAAAGAACAAACUGUAGUAAAAAUUGUUACCCAAUUUGUCAUUAUCUGUGAUUGCGAGUCAGCGUAGAUCAUCAUUGAAAUUCCGCUGAGACUUUUUUUUUUCUUUGCGGGUUCCUUUUUCGAAUGCUUUCAAGCCUCAAAUGUGAGCAUGAGAACAUUUUUUUCAUCUGAUAACGCAAAAUGUGCGAUUUGUUCUGGUUAGUGUUGAAUUUAUUGUUUCCUUGUAUUCUGCUGGUUGGCGAGUGUCCAAAUCAUGAGAAGGGACCGAAAAAAAAACUUUGUUCUUCAUUGCAACAUUAUUUGCUUUUGGGAUUGCUGAUUGAGCAGCAUUCGAUCAGUCGAUUGAUUGCGAUCAAGUAGGCCGACCUCGUCAGUGCAAUAUACUUUUGCUCUCUUGCUUUCCACUAUCGUUGUGGUCUAUCGGGAAGAUUUCUGACGUUCUUCUUGUUGUAUCCAUUUCUUAACGAGUUAUUGUCCAGCUCUGAUUUCUGUUUCACAAUUUUUUAAUCUUGAAUGUGGGAAAUGUUUUUUUUGAUGUGAGGAAGUGUUUGUCGGAGAGAGCAGGAUGAUGAAACCCCGGUGUUAGCUUCAAAUGACGUGGAUUGUUCGCAUUGCUCAGUGCCAACCACUUUUUGCGAAGCUUCGAUGUCUGCGAUUUUUCUUGCGUGUAGUGCAUGCGUAGAAAAUAAUGGGCUACAAAAUCGAGACGAAUUAAAGUCCUUUUGAAAUGUUU